AUGCCUGGACGUCGCUCUCCUGAAGACGACACCACUCUCCUCGACAAUUCCAAGUCCAAAGAAUAUGACUGUGCCCGGGAUGAAAAAGGGAACCAGUCCGAGACACUGAACCAAACCCAUGUGGAAGAAGAUGGCGAUUCCGAUACGACAUCAACAAACUCUUCGGAUGAAUUUGACUGGGACGAAGAAGAAGUCGCUAGUCAAGUAGAGAAUCCUGAAACUGCCAAAAAGGCGAGGAGGGGCAGGGCCCUGUGGCUCGGCUUCAUGAAGCUCGCAAGGCCAGUCAGGGCUCUAUUAGUCGGCAUUCUUGGUGCUGCAUUCUUCAUAAUUCCGUUGCUGGUAGUGGAGUUGAGGUUCAAGGACAAGCAAAGUGCUCGGCUACAAGUCCGUGUUUGGUCCCUUUGGUUGUCGAUCACCUGGGCAGCCUCCUGCGCGACAUAUUUGGUUGUGGAUACAAUUCCACGCAUUGUGAUCUACGUUAUUUUCUUACUUGGUGGCCAAGUCGAACGUUUGAAGACACAGAUUGAAUUGACACUUGCUGUCUCGGCAUGGCUAAAACUCUUACUCAGUAUUUCAUGGGCCUGGGUAGCGCUAUCUGCAAUCAUGGCCUUUUACGAACCUCCUGGCGCGUACUGGGUCAUUAUUAACCGUGUCAUGCAGGCUCUCUUUACUGCGGGUAUCAUUCUAUUUGUGGAAAAAUUGUUUUUAAGAUUUGUCGCCAUCAACUUCCACCAACGUGCACUCGCAGAUCGUCUUGUGGAGAAUCGGACGGGACUGAGGGCACUGGACCAUCUAUCAAAUGCACAACCUGCUCCGGCAAAGAAAAGUUCAAACGUCAAGAAAGGUCGCAAAAAUACUCUGACUUCUUUUGGGACUGCACUUGACCUUUCCGCAUUUCACGGUAAGGGUCACCGCCGAGAUGAAUCAGAUGGAACAACCAGUGGGCAGGCCAGUACAGCUGCUACACCUGUUCUCGAGAAAAACGAGCACGAAGCACACCAUCAUCGGUCAGACAAAAAGCGCCAUACUAGACGCGCCGAGGUGAAAAGACAACGCAAGAAGUAUAUGCCAACUGUUGUUGUCGACCAACUGACCGGUGCUAUUGGGCAAGUGGCGCUGAAGAAUUCCAAUUUUAACCGGGGUGGCGACUUCUAUGCCCUGGAUUCUGCACGGAAGCUCGCAAGAAAGCUCUUUCAUGCUCUCAGUGUCGCCAGCCCUGGACGCUCUCAUCUUGUCGUUGAAGAUUUCUACCCUUAUUUCCGUUCGACUGCUGAGGCGCAUGCUGCUUUUGUUAUUUUUGAUAAAGACGGCAAUGGUGACAUCAGCAAGCGAGAAAUGAGAGAAGCUGUACAGAGGAUUUAUCGAGAGCGUAAGGCCCUGACUGCCAGUCUGAAAGACGUCGACUCAGCCGUAGCGAAAUUAGAUGCAGUUCUUGUCUGCAUUGCAUUGCUCUGUGUUCUAUUCACAUGUCUCCUCAUUUUUAAUAGGAGCGACACACUAGCCUCACUUGUUCCUCUUGCGACGAUUAUUCUCGGAUUUUCAUUCAUCUUCGGACACUCUGCGCAGACGCUUUUUGAGUCGAUGAUCUUCAUAUUUUCUACGCAUGUCUUCGAUGUUGGCGAUUUGGUCAUGAUUGACGACCAGUACCUCAUUGUCAAGGAAUUUGGUCUAUUUUCUACUACUUUCCGCCGGGUUGACGGCCAAGAAAUCAUCGCACCGAACUCGCUGCUGUCAAGCACGAAGCUCGUUCAUAAUUUGCGGCGGUCAAACAGCAUGUGGGAGAGCACGACGCUAAUGGUAGCAUACAACACACCUCUCGAGCUUGUUGAGCAGCUCAAGGUACGCAUUCAAGCCUACAUCACAGCAAAUAAUAGGGAAUGGAGUGGAUCUGCGGUGAACAUCGACAAAAUGGAGUUUCAGAAUGCGAUACAUCUGACGGUAGCCGUUGAACCCCGACUGGGGUUGGAUAUCUGGGUCUGA